CAGCAACACAAUAUACUGGCAGGUCAGUCUCAGGUGAACGUCUCUCUGAGAUCCGUCAUGAACAACUUCUCUCUUGUAUUGUUGUUCGUAAUUUCGUUACAACUUCAUGGAGGUGGCGCUGUAACUGUGGAAGGAAAUGGUUUCCCCGGUGACCCGUGUAAAAUGGGCGGGGAUGUCAUGGGUCGGUGUGAAGAGGUCGAGUCUUGUCUGCAGGACGGUGGCGUGGUGAGGAGAGAUGGUAAAGUUAAACUCUGCUUAAAGAGAGACUCCAAGAUCUAUGUGUGUUGUCGCAAGCCACGCCGCAUCGCUGAUGAACUUUGCAGGUCGUGGAGACAGUUCUGGCGACGGGAUAAUGGCGAGUGUGUUCAGGAAACUCCGCUCAUUUUCGGUGGUGGAAACGCAAAGCUGGGUGAACUGCCUCCCAUUGCCCUCCUGAGCACCAAAACAGGGAAUAAUGUCGUUUAUUUUUGUGGAGGCACUCUGAUCUCUCCUCACUUUGUGCUCACUGCUGCUCACUGUUUACAAAGUUACGGUCUGGCUGUGCAGAUCGAGGUCACACUAGGAGAACAUGAUAUUACCACCACAGAGAUGGCUCAGCAGGACAGACUAUCCGGUUCCUUCCCACUAUCUCUACUUCAUGCCAACGAGCUCAACUUGGACACCACCAGGACGGCACCCACCAAGCAGGUCAUAAAAGUGGAGAAGAUAAUUCACCCUGGAUAUGCCGGAACAGAAGUUAAAUACCACGACAUUGCUUUACUCAAACUCCGUACUCCGGCAGUGCUGACUAGACGGGUGUUGCCUGCCUGUUUGCAUUCAAACCCUACUGAGCUCUUUGGUGACAAGGAGCUCACUGUUGCUGGUUGGGGAUACACCUAUCAAGGUUUUGGAGAGACAGAGAAUAUCCUGCAGAAGGUGUUGGUGCCAGUAGAGAACCAUUUGAAGUGCCAAGCUAAGUGGUCCAAAGCUACCAGUCCACCCCGUGGAAUACUGUCUGACCAGAUAUGUGCUGGAGGCAAUGGACGCGACUCUUGUCGGGGUGACAGUGGUGGCCCCCUCAUCGAUCGAGCCACAGUAGAUGGUAAGCAGGUGUGUGAGCAGACACUGGUGGGUGUAGUGAGCUUCGGGGGUGAUUGUGGAUUUGGAGGCAUCUACACUCGUGUCUCAUCCUACCUUCGAUUGGAUCAUGGGAUAUAUAGCACCACAUGGGUCGCCACUGUAGUGGUGACAAGUUUUAAUGUUGGUGUAGUGACUCGUGAUGGAGUAGUGGUAAGUGCUUUCUAGUGAGGUAUAGGGUACAAUACUAUGUCUAGAAUAAUUUACAAAUUACCCACGAUAACUUUUCUGAACAUCCUGGACCAUUGUCACGUUAUUGAAAAUGGUAUAAAAUACUGACAAGCUGAUUAGGAAGACACAUUUGCAACAGUUGUGCAUCUUUGUUGAUGAUGCAUUUCAAGUUAUUUGUGAAUUGUGUUGUCUAGUGUUUUGGUUCACAACUAAAACACUAAUUGUAGGUAAAUCUUCAUAUGACAGACCCAUUCAUUUCCUAAGGAUUUAUCUCUAGUCUGAGGAUGGAUUUAAAUUCACAUUGUAAUAUUUUAUUGCUUUUAUGCAGUAUGCUUAGUAAUAAUUUUAUGCAGUAUAUAGAUAAUGUAGUUUACAUGUAAUAAAAUAUUGUUAGGCACAAAGCCACUAGCAUGCAGUGCAUUUGGGAUUAGUUAUGAAUUGUUCCAGUCAUGUUUGUGAUUUGUAUUGUUUCUUUUAGUUUUUGUCAGUGUACUGGUGAGUAUUGUAAUGGUGAUGUGUAGUAGGUUAUUUUUAUUAGUAUACUGUAAUCAAAAAAACAUGUUAAAUCCACAUGGGUGUAGUAGGUAAGUGUUGUGGAGAAACAAGACUUUUUGACCUUUGUAUUGUGGUGACAAUGGAGAAUCAGGAGUUUCUGACCUUUAUAGAUUAAGACUUCACUUUCAUUAUAAUGUAUGUGUACUUUAAUGGUUCUGUCAGGUGGAAGUGUGAAAGUUGCUGUAGUGAGGAGCAUAUGAAACAUUGUUCAUUUGUAUUCUUUAUUUUGGUAUCAGACAUCUCAACCAUACAUGUUCCAGACAUAAAACUCAUUUAGUAUUUGUCAACAAUGAAGUGCACUUAUUUUUUGUUUGUUUGCAGAGUUGCUUAAAAAAACAUUGCAGUGUUGCUAAAUGAUGCAAAAACUUUGCAGCAUUGCUUGAAGAAUAAUGAAAACAUUUAUUUGCAGCAUUGCUUAAAGAAUAUUGCUAAUGCUUUUCAAUUAAUCAUCUUUGUAAAGACCUUUCAAGGGUGGUUAGUAUCUUGAUGCUUGUGAAAUAUUCUUGAUUCAGGGGAUUCGACCUAUCAUCCCUUUACUUUCUUGGAGCGAACCUGAUUGUCUCAGAUUCCCAGGUGCUGUAUGACCCCCUAAAGAUUUAGUGCUCCCCCAUUAAUAUAAUAAACCUCUUAUUCAAAAUGAACUGCUAAAACCCAUAUGUAUCGUGUAGUGCCUGGGCAGUACAAGACAUUCAGGGUCAGUCCAAAAAUUGAGGAAGCUAAGUUAAAUUCCUUUGGAUCAAGAGCCCACACCAGCAUCAAGGUUCCAGGCCAGAGAACCUUUAUCAGUAAAUUUUUUGAGCGCAAGAGUUGAUAAAUUGUUUUUUGACCAAUUGUGCUGUAUGAUCCUACGAGUUUAGUGCUUGCCUUACCUUGAUAAGUAAUAAAAACCUUCAGCACACCAUG